UAAAAUCGAUGAGGUGUAUCAUGCUAGGUUAUAUCCCCUUCCUCUUGAUCCACACAUAAGAAUUGACGCUCUUAAUCAUUCAUCAACAAGAUGUAUCUUAUGAAUGCUUUACGUGGUUUUGUGAUGCCAUAUCUAGCAUUGAUCAAUCUACUGUCGUCACCUACGAUGGACCAGCAGGAUGGUGUUGCUUAUUAUAGCCCGACUGACAGAGGCGGAUCGAUGCUCAUCAACGCUGGCAAUGGAUACGGUGAACCUAUCAAUGUCAUAAUUUCUGGUCUUAGCUCUCCUCACGUCCUCACACUUGACGGAGCUAUCAAUUUUGCCCGUGCUAUCGGAUUUUCUGAAGAAUGUUUCGGCCUUCACUUGGGCGGUUAUAUGUCCGCCAACUUGGGAGAUGGAAACGGAUGGGUCAAUCAAACCAUUGAACUUCGCCAGGACUAUGGAAACGCAGGAAUCGGAACGUGUCUUGAGAGCCUUGUCGGAGGAAAUCAUUUUCGUAUAUUUGUACAGAAUGGUACAACGGCGGACAGUGGCGCUCUCUUCCUAGCCGUGUCUCGAGAGGAGCCCAUAACAGAGGACCACGAUGUCGUGCCAGAUGGGUACAAUAUUGGCCGCAAUCAGCUGGUGUCGGUAGCGGUUGGUAAAACAUGGUAUAAUGGGGUCAAAUACCACACUGUCGCCCAAAACACUACUGGUCUCCUCAAAGCUGGCGCUGAUGGUGUUAACCAUGGCAUUGCUCAAGAUGGUAUUGUUGCAUUAUUGACUGUCACAAUUUAUUAAGAAUCGUAUCACUUUUUCCUUUCCUUUGAAAUUUCCCGAUUCUUUGCUCGUCUCAUUGU